AUGAAACAUCGAGUUACCGAACCCACGAUUCAGCAGUGCACUCCUACAUCCAGGGAGGAACAGAAUGACUCACUCUUCAAGCCUUCAUACAGAAGCAAUGUCCCACAUCGGAAAGAUUGCCUGUAUCAUGGUCCUGCAGGCACUGCAUUCGCAUUUGACGUCGCACGAUGCAACUUAGAAUCCAUGGGCUUAAUGGCCACGUCGACAGACGACAAUAGCCUCCUGGACUACUAUUCUACCGAUGAUGGCCCUGAGGUACCGCACCCUAUACGAGACCCUCUUGGUUUUGUCCCUAGGGAAGAAGUGCUACGCUUGUGCAAGGCAUUUGCAGAAGAGACUAAUAUCAUGUAUCCGUUUUUGGACAUGGACAAGGUCAUAGGCCAAAUUGAAUUACUUAGCACAGCCCAAGAUGCGAAGGGAUACCGGAUCAUCUCCCGUGACGACAAAGAUAUUAUCGUCCUUGUGCUGGCAAUAUCUCUGAUGAGAGAGACCGCCGGAGAGAGUGAACUGGGCAGAUCGCUGUUCCAUUCGAUAAGGAAUCGUUUGGAAAACAAAACAUGGGCUCCAUUAUCUGUCAGUGGUAUCAGUUCUCUUGUUUUAGCAUCUCGGUACUACUUCUAUGCGGAUGAAGACGAAAGACUGGCUUGGCGGACCAUCGGAAUUGCUGCGAGACAAUGCCUUGAAUUAGGACUACAUAAGCUGCAGGGAUACCCGAAAUCCGAGGAAGUGGGUUCUCAGCCCGCCCUCAUCCUAUUCUGGUCAGCUUUUGCGCUAGAUCGCCGCUGGAGUUUUGGGACUGGGUUGCCUUUCUCGAUACAAGAGGAAGAUAUUGACCCCUCUCUACCGGAGCCGGAUGAUUCCUACAUCUAUCUCAAAACCAUGAUUCCAUACUGUCGAAUUAGUUCCAAAGUCUGGUAUUCCGGUCUGGGUACAGGAGAGGUUUCGAAAUUAAGGAGGGACUGCAUGGAAAACCUCGAUUCGCAGGUGCUUCAAUGGCAGGAACAAAUGCCAGAAUCCCUCAAGUGCCCAAACCCUUACAGUGUUGAAAUCGGACUCCAUACAAUAUCGAGAAGACUCCAAAUUCAAAUGGUUGUUCGAAAAAAUGUCAUGCGCACCUUAAUUUACCGACCAAUUCUCUACAGCUACGCCAAUAUCAAGCACAAUAUGUCGCAGGCGGUGCUAUGUGUGCACCUUGCCAAAGACACGAUACGGAUCCUAUAUCAAACGCAUAAAGUGACAAAGAUCUACAAAGCCCAACAGACACUAUUCAACUUCUUUAUCUUGUCGUCUCUGGCAAUCAUCUUUUUGGCAUGUUUUCAUGAUCCGGCAGACUUCUGUUCUUGUGUUCAAGAGGAGGUCUCCAUGGCCCUUGAACUCGUCAAGGCUUUCAAUACCAAGUCGCGAGUUGCGAAGCGACUGUGGAAAGCCAUUCAAGAUCUUCGGGAGGUUGGUGAGAGGCUUGGUGUCCUAUCCGCUGCCUGUCCUUUUGACGAAGCGGGUUUUCAGUCAUCUCCUGUAAACGGCCUGGAUGAGGCUGAUUGUUCAAUGACCGGGACUAGAGUGAGUGCCGAACUGACAAAUCUGCUGGAAGAAAUUGGAAUAUAUCACCCUCCCGCAACUGUACACCCUAGCCAGGGUAAUGAGGACAAUGAAUACGACAACCGUCCCUUGGAGCAGCCAGAGUGGGGAAAUGCUACCGAAUCUCAGUGGGCCAACGCUGAUGGACUUUCUGAGGUCCUAAACCCGCUAUUCUGGAAUUGCUAG